GUACGCGACUGGGUCUACCGCGUCGAGGACCUGCGCAAUGGCGCCAUCACGACGCACCAUGCUUCGCGUCUCAAGUUCUUUGCCGCCCGCGACUUGCUUGUAACGCAGGCGUUGACAGAUCACGUCGCAUACGUCGAGGGCGGCCACCUUGUUGAGUGCUUCCUCGACUGCCGCUUCGACCGGCCGACCCACUCGUGGAUGCUCCGCGUCAAGUGGCUUGGGAUAGAUAUCCUCGAGGCCUCGUGGGAACCGGCGGCAGACAUGGCAACGGACGUGCCAGUCAUUGUGGCCGCCUAUCUACGCAAAGCGAGCCGCGGGAACGGCAACGUCGCCAAGCUCAAGACGGUGCUCGCUAUCUCGCACCCAGACGUCGUGUAGACCAUGGGGGAGUUGUUGGGUGUGGAGUAUCUUAGCAAGACACAGGUAGUAUCCUUGCAAGCGCACUCCAUUCCCAUUGGUCAAGGAUCUGUCGACACGACCGAAGACAGCUCGAUAGGGGAUGCAAAUGUGCGUUGUGAAUCAGUAGAUCUAAGACCUUUAACAUAGUCAGUCUUCUUUU